AUGGUUCCGCGGUGCCAGGUGGAAGUGCUGUAUUUUGCAAAAAGUGCUGAAAUAACAGGAAUUCGCUCAGAGACCAUUUCUGUGCCACAAGAAAUAAAAGCAUUGCAGCUCUGGAAUGAGAUAGAAACCCGCCAUCCUGGACUGGCUGAUGUCAGAAAUCAGGUGAUAUUAGCUGUUCGUCAAGAGAAGGUGGAGCUUGGAGAUCAGCUCCUCCUGCUUCAGUCAGGAGACGAAACUGCCGUUAUCACCCCCAUUAGUGGAGGGUAG